CUGAUAAUGACUGAAUAGUUAGGUAUUUAGGUACGGAGUAGGUAAAGAUACCUACCUAUACUUAAGUUCACUAGUAGCUAUAACCUCCCUUGUUCUGCGGCCAAAUCUGUUGCCGAGUUUGCAUGUUUUGCUUCCGCCUGCAAACAGCAAUGACGCCAUGGAUUUACAAAAGUAAUUAAUUAUUCAUCAUCCAGACAACAACAAAAAGUUCCUGGCCUGGGGAAAGAUAAUGUCUGCACUUGACAGCAGGAUUUAUCGCUUACAGGCACACCUGGGCGAGUUUCACCAGCAAAUAAAUGAUCAGAUCGGAUCCAACUUCCACCAGGAAGCUGACCAAAAGAGCUCAAUUGAAUACUUAACGAAACUCGAAAAGAUUCUCGAUUCUCUCUCCAUCAAAUCCAAAACCCAGCCGGUCCGGCCCAUCGACAAACUUGUGGAUUUGCUCUCCAAUUUUCGCCAUGACCUUACCGUAUUAGAGGACCAGGGCUCGAACCUAGACCCUUAUGUGUAUGAGCUUUUAUGGCUUGUGGCAGCGAAGGCCUCGACGCAGACACUGGCCAUAAUCUGGACGACCCUUUCCGAAAACCUGCUUUCCGUCAACGACGAAAUUAGAUAUUGGGACGGUAUUCUGGAGUUUGAUUGGUAUAUUGGGCUUUAUAUUUUACAGACAUCCCCCCUUCGGUUAUGGCGUGGAUUACUGAAAGCCGGUCUCUUUGCUAUAUCUCCUCAAACUCACGAGGACAACUCUAAUACAGGAGAAAACACAUUUAUUCCUGUUUCUACUCUGUGGGUACAGUUUUAUACCUCAGUACAACGGUGCAUUUAUCCGUCGGGGCUGUCAUCGUUCCGCCCUGGGAUAUUCUCGCCGCUAGUCCGAUCGAAGCUAGAAAUACAGCGGAAACGGAGGUAUCUCAAAUCCCGGAGAGAUUUUAACGCCAGCAGCAUUGGACUCCUCAUGGAAGAGUGUAUGUGUCUUGGACCGAAGACAUCGCUGGCAGAUGGAAAAGACCCCGUGCUCGCCAAUUGCACUUUGCAUAGAAUUGUAUCAAAAAGCGUUUGCUUAAUGACAUCGAUCCUACAAUAUGGGAGCAAUGAUGAGGUUCUAGAGCUCACGAAGGCCUUUACUGCAGAUAACGACUUGGGAUCUUACGUAAAUAAGAACAAGGGAAAGGCCGCUCUCAAGGACGUUCAAGAUGUUGUCGAGCAGCUUCUUUAUAUUCUGAACGAUCUUCUUCCGAAGUACCAGAGAUUCUCGACCAAAGCCAUCAGCGAAAUUGGGCGACCUCCAAUCACGGUUCGAUACUGGCUACCCCUUUCCCUUGCGUUCCUCUCGGCAGGUACAUCGUUCACACUUCUAAAAAGUUUGGGGCCUGCGCUUGUUGACUGGGUUGUCAAUGCCGGAUCAACUGCCUUUGAAUUUUGGACCAAUUGGGUUGUAGAACCGACCUGGAGGUUGAUCCGGACAAUUCGGCAUGAUGAAACAAGCGAAAUCGCAUUAAUGAGUAAGAAUAGCCUUGAAGCUGACCGAGCAAGCUUGGAGAGGAUGGUUGUCGACUUUGUUCUCGAUCGCGGGGGAAAAAGAGAGCCCUUGUUAUCCGCCAACACCAUCGCGGACAAGGUUAGGGAAGGUGACCUAACGCCGGUACUUAUGGCCUACGAAAAAGAUUUACGGAGUCCUUUUAUAGGCACGGUCCGAGGUGACCUAGUCCGCGCCCUUUUGAUUCAGAUCCAGAAGACCAAGGUCGACGUUGAAAUAGCAAUGAGCGGGAUCGACGCUCUCUUAAAAAGCCAGGAACUCGUUUUUGGAUUCGUUGGUUUGACUCCAGGGAUUCUUGUCUCAUACGCCUUCAUUCGUUGGUUUUGGGGUCUGCUUGGUAGUAGAAAGGGAUUUCAAGUUGGUAGACGACAGAAUGAUUUGAGAUACGCCUUGAGGAAUAUUCACCGAAUUCUUACCUUGUCUGUUCCUACCGCCAAUGGUCUUCUCACGUACAGAAACCACGGCCUUUUGAUAAGCAAUGCGGAUACCCUCCUACGGAAAGCAGAAAUAGUCCUUAAGGGCGAGGAUUUCUAUACAUUCCAAGAAGAUAUCAGUGAUUUAAUCAACGAGAAUCGGGCUGAUCUGCAGCUAAAGAUUAUUGAACGGAUGACAUGGACUUAUUCGAAGUGGACUUAACCCACGACCUACCGUGGUUAUAUAUGAAUGUAUCUUUAGUGGAUGGCGAGGGUCUAGAAUACACUGUUUAUUGGAAGUUAUCAGCAACUUUUCCAUUCUCA